AGUAUAUAUAAACGUGCACAGGACAAGUAUUCAGUAAGUGUCAACAUGGCUCCUACAAGUAUCAUCACCGUGACGACCGUCCUCCUCUGCAUCAUGCUGGGCAUACUGAGUUCAGCUCCAGCUGCCCUGGCUGCUCGGAGACCAUCCUGUUGUACAAAAUACCAGAAGGAUCCGCUGCCAGUCCAGGUUUUAAGAGGCUACAGAGAGCAAAACGACACAGAUUUCUGCCGCAUCAAGGCAAUCAUUUUCUUCACAGACAGUAAGGCGAAGGUUUGUGCCAAUCCGAAGGCUGAGUGGGUGAAGAAAGCUCUGGAAUACCUCAGUACAAGACUGAAGAAUCUGUCCAAACCCAGCCCAGCUGCAGGUGGACCUCCACAGGUUCCACGUGAAGAGCCCUCAUCUCCUGAUGAAAAGGAUUCUUUCUACACCGCAACCGAGUCCUUCCUCAACGACACAGACAGCUUUAAUUAGCUAAACCCCGGCUAUUGCAGAAAUGUCGGUUUGAUGGAAUGUUUGAGGAUAUUAUCUUUCAGCACGAGAUGUCGCUCGUUACUUCUGCAGCUUUGACCCUAAUGCUCCAUUAUGAAGGCUUUAUAGGAACCAGAGGGGAACAGGUUCAAGAAAAGUGAUGCAGAUUACUGGCUCUGUCACUUAAAGAAUGUUUAUAACGAUCUCUAAAAUGAUCUACAAUGAAUAAUCUCUACUUUUUAAAUCUUGUUUUUGCACUUACGCUGUUUUAUUUCCUGCUAUGGAUCUACUACUUAAUCAAGUUAAUGUGCUGAAAUAUAGACAUUAUCAUAAUUCUCAUAAAUAAAUGGACUCCAACACUGUC